AUGUCUGCCGAUGCCGAACUCCUCACCACUCGAGUGACCGUCGACGCGCUCAACAAUGAAAAGUACGACAACGUUUCGCGCAUUGCGGGCAAAGAGAUUGGUGGAGGUGCAAUAGGCUACCAGUUGGAUCUCAACACCGAUCUAUGGCCAGUCAGCGUUGGCGACAGCCUGACAAUGUGCAUAGCUACAUCCCUUAAUCUUGAUGGCAGCAAAGAUGACGGCAAGGGCUGGCGCGACUCAAAUAAGGCCGAAGCCACACUAGCUGACGACUACGACUAUGUCUGUCACGGCAAGAUCUACCGUUUUGAAGAGGGCAAAGGUGAUGACAUCAACGUAUACAUCUCCUUCGGUGGCUUGUUGAUGUACCUGCACGGACCCUUCGAGAAGCUCAAGGCUUUUCGCAUGGACAGCGUUUACCUUCUACUCAAGAAAUAA